CCAGUACAUCCCAGUAUGUCCCAGAACAACUAUAAAUGGGUGUUGCAGGUUGGGAAUCCCGGAUGCGAGGCUGUAGCAGAACUAAACCCCCCGCACCGUGGCGAGCGCCGUCACUCGCCCCGGGACCCCGGCACAGCCGUAACAGCCACAGAGCGCCGCCGGAGCGGUGCGCUGCCGGCGGCGUCCGGUGACCCGGAAGUGCUGUACGGGGCGGGGCUGCGGCGGACGAUGGCGGCGGAGGAGCCUCAGCAGAAGCCGGAGCCUCUCGGCGGCGACGCGGACGGGGUGAAUUGCCUGGCCUACGAUGAGGCUAUCAUGGCACAGCAGGACCGGAUCCAGCAGGAGAUCGCCGUGCAGAACCCACUGGUGUCGGAGCGGCUGGAGCUGGCCGUGCUUUACAAAGAGUACGCUGAGGACGACCACAUCUACCAGCAGAAGAUCAAGGACCUGCUCCAGAAAUAUUCCUACAUCCGGAAGACGCGGCCGGACGGGAACUGCUUCUACCGCGCCUUCGGCUUCGCCCACCUGGAGGCUCUGCUGGAGGACGGGCAGGAGCUGCAGCGGUUCAAGGAGGUCUCCGCCCGCAGCAAGGAGGAGCUGGUGGCGCAGGGCUUCACCGAGUUCACCAUUGAAGACUUCCACAACACGUUCAUGGAGCUGAUCGAGCGGGUGGAGCGCCGCGUGCCGCUGCCGGAGCUGCUGGCGGCCUUCAACGAGCCCAGCACCUCCGACUACCUGGUGGUGUACCUGCGCCUGCUGACCUCCGGCUGCCUCCAGCGCCACCGCCGCUUCUUCGAGCAGUUCCUGGAGGGCGGCCGCAGCAUCAAGGAGUUCUGCCAGCAGGAGGUGGAACCCAUGUGCAAGGAGAGCGACCACAUCCACAUCAUCGCCCUCGCACGAGCCUUGCACGUCUCGAUCCUGGUGGAAUACAUGGACCGGGGGGAGGGCGGCGCAACCAACCCCCACGUCUUCCCCGAGGGCUCCCAGCCCCGCGUCUGCCUCCUCUACCGCCCCGGCCACUACGACAUCCUCUACAAGUGAGCCCCCGCCUCGCACGAGGCCUCGCACGAGGCCGCCGGUGCCUCGCACAGGCCCGCGGCUUCCCAGGGUCGGGCCAGGGCUUCGCACGGGGCCCGCGGGUGCCUCGAGUGGCCUCCUGUCGCCUCGUGUGGCCUCGCACGGCCCCACGCGGGCCCUCGUGCGGCCGCGCACGAGUCCCCUCCUCCGCCCCCCCCCCC